AUGGCCGGCGCGGCAGUGGUCUUCAUCUGCGGCCGCGUGACGUCACAGCCGCCUGCGCCGCCUCCGGACUGGCCCAACAGCCGGCGGCGCGCGGCCUUUCCCGUGUCGCCGAACGACUCGGCCGGGACGAAAGUGCUCCAUCAUCAUUUUAUGCCUUCCUACACUUCAGAUAGGCCAGACCCAAACACUGAAAACAGUCCAUCAACUCGAGCUGAGAUAAACGUAAGACCGUUUCCAACUCCAGAAGAGGUCAGACCUUUUGAAAAAGCAGAGCCCAGAAAAAGUAUGGAAGCAGGGAAAAGGAAAAGAGUUUCUGCCAUAGUGACAGACACUCCAGUAAAAAAAGUCCUCGAGGAAGAACAAAAAGGUGCAAAAGAAAAGAAGGCGAAAGCAUUGGAAAGAAAACUUAAAUCACUUUUUCAAAAAGAAAGUAGGAACAAUGGUAGAAUGAAAUUAACUAAAUCAACUGCAAUAGGUCUAAAACGCAAGAAGAAGCCAAUGGAAGAUGACGAUGAUGAAGAUGACGAUGAGGAAGAUGAAGAUUCAUUGUGCCUAAGGUGUCUCAAGCCUUUUUCAAACAGUCAACCUGGAGCACAAUGGAUUCAGUGCACAAACUGCAAGUGUUGGGCUCAUCAGACAUGCAUGAGAAACGAAAUCCGUGGACUAUUUUAUGAGUGUUAUAACUGUGCUGAUCCUUUGGAUGUGGACAGUGAUUAA